CGCGAGGAAGACACUGCUGCACAACGGUAUUACGUGCUUCAUGUGGUCACUGUACUGCUACGCGGACGUGAGUACAACGACGGCGCGCGACAUGGCACAGUUGCAGCCAAAGAGGAGUCCCACUGCCAAAUCUUCAUUACCGUUUUUGUUGUUUACGUGAUAUUAGAUACGUGCAAUUGAUAAUUGCCAAUUUAGAAUAUAUAUAAAAGAUAUUUGCGCAUAUUUGUAGCUAGAUAUAAUAACAAAUCGUCCAAGAUGAAGGGAACAGAGCGCAACGCGAAGGAACUCAACGGCAAAAAGAGGGACGAAGGAAUAAAGUCAAAGCUCCUGAACACGAAAGUCAAAGUAAUGGGUCAGAUCUUCCUGUGUGCGGUGGUCGGCCCAGCCAUCCUCUACUCGCUUUUCUUCCUCUUCCUGCGCUACCAGUCCCACCUGGCCCGAAACCAAGUGGCACCAACGGCAAAGGAAGCCCCCGUAGGGACCCCGACGGCACCGAGUGUCAAGGAAAAACGGCCCAUCUACUGGGUGUACGGCCUGAACCCGAGCUACGGCCACCUGCGCCACGUCUUCGCCGUCCUCGACCGGCUCGGCUUCGAGCGUGGCAGCAACGACUCCGACUGGGACCUACUCUGGGCCCACGACUACCCCUUCAGGGAUCUCCACUCCUCGCUGAGCCGACUCAAGUCCCACCAGAGGGUCAACCACUUUCCCGGCUGCGGCUACAUCACCAACAAGGUCGAUCUCUCCACGAGCCACGGCAAGUCCAUCCCCGUGGCGUUCAAGGUGCCCGAAGACCGAGAGGCCCUCCUCAGGUACGCCAAGGAGCACCCGAACAAGCGCUUUGUUCAAAAGUCAAACGCCCACCGUGGGAUCAAAAUCAAAAGGGUCGAGGAGCUCAACCUGACAGCCGCCGGUUCGUUCGUUCAGGAGUUCGUGGAGAAGCCCUUCCUGGUGGACGGCUACAAGUUCGACGUCGGCAUUUACACAGUCAUCACUUCGGUCGAUCCGUCGCGGAUCUACGCGUACAAGGGGGACGUGCUAUUUAGGUUUUGUCCCGUCAAGUACCAUCCCUUCGAUCCGGAGAUCGUCGACAAGUACGUGGUGGGCGACGACUACCUGCCGAUCUGGGACGUGCCCUCGCUCAAGAGUUACUACACCAAGCUCGGAUUGUCCAUGAAAGAGUCGUUCGACAGCUACGUCCGCUCCAGGGGUAAGGAUCCCCAGAGGAUGUGGGAGGACUGCUACGAGGCCAUUAACGACGUGGUCUUGCGGAAGGAGGCGCAGAUCCGCGAGGUGGCCAGGAGGUUCGGGAGCGGCAGGAACUUUUUUGAGCUGGUCAGGUUCGACUUUGCCAUAGACGAGGAUCUCAACGUCUUCCUGAUGGAGGCCAACAUGUCGCCGAACCUCUCCUCGGCGCACUUUGCGCCGAAUCAGCUCCUGUACGAGCAGGUUUUGUACAAUUUGUUCGCUCUGGUCGGAGUCGGGCAGAGGGUGCGCAAGGAUUCUCUCCGGCCGAGGAGCCUGGAGGAGCAGGAGAUGAUUGUGGCCGAUAAAAACUUGGCCGUCCUGCCGGAGGUGUGCUCCGAGUGUGACGACUGUUUCAGGGUGGAGUGCCAACUGUGCCGACCUUGUUUCACGGACGAGACGAGACUCACGUUGUCCCAGAGCUACUGGGAGCAUCACAAUAAGAUGGACUACUUGAGGAUUUUUCCGCCAAAGAUCAAGAAAGACAUGGUACUUAAGGAUUACUCGUUGAGAAAUCAACUGCUGAUGAGGUGGUAUCAAGGAAAGUGCGAACUCGAUCCGACAUGGUGCGAAUAAUAUUCGCGAACGCUGAAUAUUUACAGAAGUGAUGUUUUAAUGGUUGCCAAGAGGCUGUUGUAAAAAUUGUUUAGACAAACUCGGUUAUCGAGUUGUAAAGAUAAAUUUAUUCGAUUUACAAAAUGUACAUAUACAUUGACUCAUUGUAAAAUUUUUAUCAA